ACGUGCAGACGCUGGUGCACGCUUGGUGGAAAAAAACGUCGUGUCCGUUAGUCGUGUUUAGGUCGGGCAGCGAGCAGCAUCAACCUGGAUCCGUCGACCGUCGAAAUUUCUCCGCUCGCAGUUUGUUUGGUUUCGUUACCCAUUUUCCGCACCUUAGGUGCGUUGUGCGGGCAAAGAAAGUAGCGCCAACAAAAAGGGAAAAGUUUGACUGUGACAUCAAGUGAUUUUAAGUGGUCAAUUAUAACAAAAAAGGAAAAGAAAUUGGUUAGUUUAAGAAAAUUAUUAAAUUUUUCUUAAAGCUCCCCUGGUCGGAGAGAAGUCCGCCACUGGUGAAACGGAGCAUGUGGACUUGGAAGACGCGUGGAUGAUUGUGUGUUAAAGUUACAGUUACAGUUUUGAAAGGUAAAAAAAGGAAGAAACAACUCGUGUGUGACAGCCUCAAACCAGUAAGGGAAAAAGGGGCAAGCUAAGUAACGACCUUCCCCUUUUACUGUACUGCCAAAAACAUAAAAUUACGAAAGAAAAGGGAGCAACGACGGUUCGAUUGCUUUUUUGUUUUGUUUUGUUUUUUUGCAAACAUCCCUUCGCGCUCAACCCAACGUCAACGUGUUCAACCGCAGCCAACGGGCAGUGCAGUCAAGCGAGGGCAUUCGUCCUUGCUGUUCGAGCAACACACACUAAAGCCCGGCAAAGGAUCGGGCACAGGCGUUAGCGUCGGAACGGGGAGGAAGCCACCUCGUGGCACAAAACGGCACCAAAACGGCUCCCAAAAUGCUAGAGCGACACAGACACAGCACCGCGCAUGCAUGACGACCUUCUCCCGUACCCGACCGACCAUCCUCGCUUGGUGCCGUGACCAGGAGCCGAGCGUGAUAACGCGACCGGGCAACGGUGGGCGCAGUCGGAUUUGACCCUCCGCGCGACACGACUACUAAUCACAAGCGUUACACUAGGCAGAUACUAAAUUCUAGCGCAAAGGCGAGAGAAAACGGGGAAGAAUAUGAACCGCGUGUGCUAGCUUGAAGGCGUCCGUCUCGAGAACAUUGUAUGCAAAGAGUUAGUGUUUGAGUGUGGCUGUGUGUGUUUCGAGUAUUUGUGGCACAACUUACAACGACAAGCGUUCUAGUGAACCCGCUUACCGCAAUAUGGGCACGGCACAGGACAAUCAUUUAAGACGAAGCACGGAUGAGCAGCAGCAGCAGCAGCAGCAACGGCACCACCAUCACCAUCACAGGCGGUCGCAAAAUCAGCGCCAACCGGCCCGACCGACCGAGGGCAAACCGACGCCAGCUGGCGAGCAACAGGCGGUGUCGAAAGUCGGUGCCAUCGUAGCAAAAGGGCGCUCGAAGCCGGCGAAAGGCGACGAACCCGACGAUUGGCAGUACCCGUUCCAGCACCACCAGCAGCAGCAGCAGCAGCAGCAGCAACAGCGGGACGAACCCGUCUGGGGCGCAAAAGAACGAACGAACGAGCGGGAAUGGGGUGGUUUUAAGAAACCCGGCACAAAGUAUCCCGAGUCGGACGAUUGCGACUCCCUGCCACCACCGCCGCCGCCCGAUGACGAUUCCUACUUUGACGAUGACGAUCGGCUGUCACACGGUCACCAUCACCACCAUCACCAUCACCAUCAGCUGCAGCAGCAGCAGCAGCAGCAGCAGCACCUUGCCCAUCUAGCCCAAGCACAUCACAACGGGAUGCAUCUAGCGACACAGCAGCAGCAACAGCAGCAGCAGCAGCAGCACCGUCAUCACUUUGGCACCGGGACGCCACCGCCCGCGCUCGAUUCCGAUCUGGACGCGAGCCUCAAGAAGGACCGGAAGCUGCGCUCCAACUCGGACAGCUCCAACGCCACCAGUGCUGGUGGAGGUGGCGCAGGAAAGCACAAGAACGGCGGGCUGGGCGGGAAGGCGGCGAACGGCGGGCACGGCCAUCAUCACCACCAUCAUCAUCACCAUCAUCACAGCCGGGGGGCAAUGCACGCGAAAAGCAGCCGGGCGGAGUCGGUCCUGUCGAGCGAUUCCGACAUACGGUUUACGCGCCGCAAGCUCGGCGACAACCAGAAGUGUGGCUGUGCGCUGAUUGCCGGCUUUCUGCUGAUACUGCUGUGCGCCGGUGCGAUCGUUUACGUUGGCUACACGUACCUGCGGCCGGAACCAUUGCCGGAUCGGAUAUUCCGGGCGCGGCUGCGCGUGAUCGAGGGUGACCGGUGGACGCCCGAGCUGGCGGAUCAGAACACGCUGCGCUUCCAGCACCGUGCCCGCGACUACCGGGAGCGCAUCAACCUCAUAAUGCGCCGGUCGGACCUGCGCGAACCGUUCGAGGGUAGCGAAAUUCUUGCACUGGAUGGCAACGAGGAACCGGGCGACCUGACGCUACACUUUGCGCUCUACUUCGACCCGUACGCCGAGCUGGUGUCGGCGGCCGAUCUCCGCUCCAUCCUGCUGGAGGAGAUCACGGGCCAGGAGCGCAAGUACUUCCGCAACCUGACGAUCGAUCCGAACAGCCUGGUAAUAAAGGAAGUGUCUGGCACGGGCGACGACAUCGUCGGCACGUCCUCCUCGCCGCUCGGCGGCAAGGAUGAGGUGACGGUGGAGAUCGUCACGACCGCACGACCCCCGCGCAAGUGUGAGCCGCUCCGGCUCGGGUACUGCCGGUCGGUCGGGUACAACGUCACGACCUAUCCGAACUUCUUCGGCCACGGCUCGCUGGAGGAGGUCGAGGCGGAUCUGAUCUCGUUCCGGGAGCUGGUCGAUGCGGAGUGUUUCCGCCAGGCGUUCGACUUCAUCUGCCGGUUGCUGCAGCCCCCGUGCGAGUACCGCAGCAUCGAGGAGCCGACGGCUGGGACGGUCUGCCGCCAGUACUGCCAGUCGUUCUGGGCGGGCUGCGGCGAGCGGCUGCCGGAGCGUCUGCGCCGCUUUCUGGACUGCGAGCGGUUCCCGGAGUCGACGGGUGUGCAGUCGUGCCACAGCAAGCCGGGCUGCACGGGCGAGCUGCAGGCAAAUGCGCUCUCGUCGAGGCUGUGUGACGGCGUAGCGGACUGUGCCGACUUGUCGGACGAGAACACGUGCACGUUCUGUGCGUACGGGGCGAUCUCCUGCGGAAGAAGUCGCGCUUGCUACGCCCGCAAUGCGCGCUGCGACGGCAAGCUGGACUGUCCGGACGGUAGCGACGAGAAGGAUUGCCUGUCCAUCUCGCCCCAGGUAAGCUUCCUGACGUUCCCGCCACCGAUCGUCCCAUUCCGGCCCCGGUUCUACUCGGAGGGCUACGCCGUCUUCUCGGAGAAGGGCACCACCGGCAAGCUGUGCUCGGUCGGGAUGGAGGGCAACGAGUACGUGCGCAACACCGUCGCCGAGUCGCUGUGCAAGGCGCUCGGGUACGAGCGGGUCGACUACUCGGAGAUCCGCAACGACACGGAGCCGAACACGAGCUACGUGCGCGUGCUGGAUCCGCGCGCGUCCGAGAUCUCGUUCGUGCGCACGCAGUGCCAGAGCAAGCAGUCGCUGUACGUCGCCUGCAGCCACCUGGAGUGUGGCGUGCAGUCGACGCUACCCACGAGUCAAAACAUCGGCCUAUCCAAGAUGGCGACGCCGGGCGAUUGGCCGUGGCAUGUGGCGCUGCUCCGGGCUGACACGCACGUCUGCGACGGCACGCUGGUUUCAAAAGAUUGGGUCCUCACAACGGAAUCAUGCUUCCAGGGCCAGGCAAAGGCCACGUGGAUGGCGGUGUUUGGUGCGGUGCGCCUCUCCUCCAACGCACCCUGGACGCAGCGGCGUCGUAUUAUCGGUAUGGUGAAGUCACCGGUAGAGGGCAGCACAGCCGCCAUGGUACGGCUCGAGACGCCCGUCGUCUACUCGGACUUUGUGCGACCCAUCUGUCUGCCCGAUCUGCCGCUCAAGGAGACGAUCGAUCGCAGCGACAACAGCGUGACGCCGACGCCGCACGCGGAAAAGUACUCGACCGGCGGCAAGUCCUCGAAGGCGGUGGUCGGCCGCAAGCUGAAGGAGUACCGGCAGUACUUCGAGAUGCCGGGCGAGGACGAGCUGGCGGCGGACGAGUACGGCGACCUGAACGAGGCGGCCAAGUACGUCAACCAGUACAGUGCGGACUUUGCCGACGAGCAGUACCACAUCCCGCAGGCGGAGGCUGCCGUUGGGCCGGUGCAGGGCCGCCCCACACCAUCACCACCGUCGGCGGGUGUACCUUCCGCUGCCUAUCCGCUGCCCGCCAACUCGCCGCAAACGAACAACUACAUCUCCGCGCUGAACUACAUCAGCUCGGGCGGUGCCGCGAACGUGGGUGCGCCGGGCGGUGGCGUUGGGUUCCUCCAGCAGCCGACCAAGCUGGGCAAGCAGAGCCAGUGGACGAACUGCAACACGCUCGGGUGGUCGCGCCAGCGGGACCAUCUGCAGCGGGUGCAGCUGAAGCUGAUCGACAUGUCGCCGUGCGAGAACAUCUCGAUCGCGACGGUGAACAGCAUGUGCGCGGAGUCGGCCUACCACAAGCAGGACUGCAGCGAGGAGGAGUUUGCCGGCAGCCCGGUGGUGUGCCUGCUGCCGAGCGAUCGGCGCUGGGCCCUGGUCGGCAUUAGCUCGUGGCGCAUCGCCUGCGCCCCGAACGGUAUCGAGCGCCCCCGGAUGUACGACAAGAUUACGCCCAACACGCCCUGGAUACGGGACACGAUCUCCGCCACGGUGACGUGAAGGGGGGAGCGAGAGAGAGAAAGCGAGAAAUAGAAAUAGAGGUGCAAACAUUCACACAUAACCAAAAAAACACGAACAAGAAAAAAAAAUCACAGAUUAGCAAUGUAAAGGGAUAAGUGAGUCACUUCGUCGCCGUCAAGUGUUGUAAACAGCUUUGUGAUAACGAUUGCCACAAGUCAACUGAAUACAUAUGUGUAUGUGUAUAUGUGUGUAUGUUUGUGUGUAUGUGAGUGUGUUAUCUGUUUGUACCUUGGAGAAGGAUGUGUAGGAGCUGUCAAAAGUGUCAGAGAGAUCUUCCCAGAUCUAGCAUCUGUCAAAUGUGACAGCGAGAUAGAAGGAUCUUUGCAGAGAUUAGACAGUUGCAGGUGUUUGAUGUAUGCCAUGUUAUAUAGAGGAGCAUCUGGUUGCAUCCUGAAAUCCGCAAGAGAGGGAGAGAAACUAUGCAUUACAGAGAGAGCAGCGAUAUACUAUAGAUAGAUGGAAUUUCUAUUCUCCAAAAAUCAGCAAUUAGAUUACAAGGCAUCACACAAACCUACUACAUCAAAUCUACUACGUCACCGUUAACAAUGCAUCACCACGGAAAUCAGUUCCACGUGGACUGAGUCAUCCGCAGCCGGUCACUUAGGUUAGUUUCUUUUGAGCGACUCGCUUCGUUCCAACUCGAGUAACUAGUUACUCUUUGCGUUACUUGUCAACCGCCGGCAAACUCCCAUCUCUAGUGCGCUUCGGUUUUGUGUAUAAAAGGAAUUGGCGAUACGCCACUCGGCCGAGUCUCGUGCGGACGCAACGCGUGCGCAGCAGGGCUGAAGAACUGUUUGCGUUGGAGUGUAUGUUUUGCUGUGGAUAUGGCAAUUAAAGGAGAAGCCGGAGCCGAAGGAGACAGCAUUUUCUCUUCUCUCUCUCUCUCUCUAUUGCGCACCCGGAUAUCUCGGUGCCCUCGCAGUUGGGCAUGGGCAGCUUUGUUAGCUUGGUUUGUUUGUACUUACCCUUCUUAUAUCAUUAACCCUCGUACUUAGAACGUUCUAGAUAAGCGUGCGUAUAGCUCCGAUGAAAGUGGAUCAACGGUAAGCAUGUGUGUGUGUAUGUGUAUGUAUGUAUGUAGAGUGUGAACGGUACGGUAUGGGCGGUACGAUUAUUUUAGUGUUACGACAUCAUCUUUACUCAUAUUUAGUGCUCUAGCGGUUGCGUGCGAUUACAUUGCAGGCCGCCAACGCCGCACGGAUAGUGUAGUGUAGCUAAUCGUAGGCGCUUGCGUUCGUAAAAUGUUUGAAAAGAAUCUAAAGUACAGGAUGGUAUUUAGUUGUUGUAAUCAAGCAUCGUGUAAUGGCGGCCACUCUGGAGGAGGAAACCUGUUUGCACAAUAAAUCAAUUAUUUUGUAUGCUUGUUA